CGAGUGCGGCCGCGACCAUGUCGGCGGGCGGCCGCGACGAGGAGCGGCGGAAGCUGGCCGACAUCAUCCACCACUGGAACGCCAACCGGCUGGACCUGUUCGAGAUCAGCCAGCCGACCGAGGAUCUGGAGUUCCAUGGAGUGAUGCGAUUUUAUUUUCAAGAUAAAGCUGCUGGAAACUUUGCAACAAAAUGUAUCCGGGUCUCUAGCACUGCAACCACUCAAGAUGUGAUCGAAACGCUGGCAGAGAAAUUCCGUCCUGAUAUGCGCAUGCUGUCUUCUCCCAAGUAUUCACUCUAUGAAGUGCAUGUCAGUGGAGAAGAAAGAAGAUUGGACAUUGAUGAGAAGCCUCUAGUUGUGCAGUUGAAUUGGAACAAAGAUGAUCGGGAGGGUAGAUUUGUCCUUAAGAACGAGAAUGAUGCCAUUCCGGCUAAGAAGGCUCAGAGUAAUGGACCUGAAAAACAGGAAAAAGAAGGUGUUAUCCAGAACUUCAAGAGAACUCUGUCGAAGAAAGAAAAGAAGGAAAAAAAGAAGAGAGAAAAAGAGGCAUUGAGACAGGCAUCUGAUAAGGAAGAUAGGCCUGCUCUAGGAGAUGACAGUGAGAAUUCUCGGUUGGCUGCUGAGGUUUACAAAGACAUGCCUGAAACCAGCUUCACUCGAACCAUUUCUAAUCCUGAGGUAGUUAUGAAACGGCGUAGGCAACAAAAACUGGAAAAGAGAAUGCAAGAGUUUCGGAGCUCAGAUGGGAGGCCUGACUCAGGUGGAACAUUGAGAAUAUAUGCGGAUAGUUUAAAACCAAAUAUUCCCUACAAGACAAUCCUGCUGUCUACUACAGAUACUGUAGACUUUGCUGUUGCUGAAGCUUUAGAGAAGUAUGGUCUGGAAAAAGAGAAUCCUAAGGACUACUGUAUUGCCCGGGUUAUGCUUCCUCCUGGAGCUCAGCAUUCUGAUGAAAAAGGUGCUAAGGAAAUGAUUCUUGAUGAUGAUGAGUGUCCUUUGCAAAUCUUCAGGGAAUGGCCAAGUGACAAAGGGAUUUUAGUCUUUCAGUUGAAGAGGAGGCCACCAGACUAUGUCCCAAAGAAAAUGCAGAAGCAUGUUGAAGGGAAGCUGCUGAGAGGGAAGGAGAGAGCUGGCGGGUCUGGUUAUGGCUCUGCUCUUCCUGCUGAGAAGCUGCCUUACUUAGUGGAGUUAAGCCCAGGGAGAAGGAAUCACUUUGCCUACUACAGCUAUCACACUUACGAAGAUGGCUCUGAUUCCAGAGAUAAGCCAAAGCUCUACCGCCUUCAAGUAAGCGUGACUGAAGUCGGGACAGAAAAGUUCGAAGACAACUCUAUCCAGUUGUUUGGCCCAGGAAUUCAGCCCCAUCACUGUGACCUCACCAACAUGGAUGGCGUGGUCACUGUAACUCCCAGAAGUAUGGAUGCAGAGACCUAUGUGGAUGGCCAGCGCAUCUCUGAGACCACCAUGUUGCAGAGCGGCAUGAAAGUGCAGUUUGGCACGUCACAUGUGUUUAAGUUUGUGGACCCCAGUCAGGACCAUGCUCUUGCAAAGAGAUCUGUGGAUGCAAGCCUGAUGGUGAAAGGCCCAAGACAUAAAUCUGGAACUGUUCAGGAGACAACCUUUGAUUUAGGAGGAGAUAUUCACAGUGGGACGGCAUUGCCAACAAGCAGGAGCACUACUAGACUGGACAGUGACAGGGUGUCAUCUGCCUCCAGCACGGCUGAGCGAGGGAUGGUGAAGCCGAUGAUCCGGCUGGAUCAGGAGCAGGACUACCGCAGACGAGAAAGCAGAACUCAGGAUGCUGGUGGGCCUGAACUGAUACUGCCUGCAAGCAUUGAAUUCAGGGAGAGUUCUGAAGAUUCGUUUUUGUCUGCCAUUAUAAAUUACACAAAUAGCUCUACAGUCCACUUUAAGUUGUCGCCUACAUAUGUGUUGUACAUGGCAUGUCGGUAUGUAUUGUCCAGCCAGCACAGACCCGACAUCAGUCCUACAGAACGCACACAUAAGGCCGUGGCCGUCGUCAACAAGAUGGUGAGCAUGAUGGAAGGGGUCAUUCAGGAAGUAGACCAGGUUGAUCAGAAACAAAAGAACAUUGCAGGAGCUCUUGCCUUCUGGAUGGCAAAUGCAUCUGAACUUCUCAACUUCAUCAAGCAAGACCGAGACCUCAGUCGGAUCACCUUGGAUGCCCAGGAUGUUUUAGCACACUUGGUUCAGAUGGCAUUUAAGUACUUGGUUCAUUGUCUUCAGUCAGAACUUAACAACUACAUGCCAGCAUUUCUGGAUGACCCUGAAGAGAACAGUCUGCAGAGACCAAAAAUAGAUGAUGUGCUGCAUACACUCACCGGAGCCAUGUCCUUGCUGCGGCGCUGUAGAGUCAAUGCUGCCCUGACCAUCCAGCUUUUCUCUCAGCUUUUCCACUUUAUCAAUAUGUGGCUAUUCAACAGAUUGGUGACUGACCCAGAUUCAGGGUUAUGCUCCCACUACUGGGGAGCCAUUAUCCGCCAGCAGCUGGGACAUAUUGAAGCCUGGGCAGAGAAGCAGGGGCUAGAGCUGGCAGCUGAUUGUCAUCUGAGCAGAAUCGUGCAGGCAACUACUUUGCUUACCAUGGAUAAGUAUGUGCCUGAUGAUAUCCCAAAUAUCAACAGCACCUGCUUUAAGUUAAACUCAUUGCAACUCCAAGCCUUGUUACAGAACUAUCACUGUGCACCUGAUGAGCCUUUUAUUCCUGCGGAUCUUAUAGAAAAUGUGGUGGCUGUUGCUGAGAACACAGCUGAUGAGCUUGCCCGCAGUGAUGGCAGAGAUGUGCAGUUGGAGGAAGACCCUGACCUGCAGUUGCCUUUUCUUUUGCCAGAAGAUGGCUAUUCCUGUGAUGUUGUCAGAAACAUUCCAAGCGGUUUACAAGAAUUUUUAGACCCACUGUGCCAGAGAGGAUUUUGCAGGUUAAUUCCUCACACACAUUCACCAGGAACUUGGACAAUAUAUUUUGAAGGAGCAGAUUAUGAAAGCCACCUGCUGCGUGAGAACACAGAACUGGCCCAGCCCCUCAGGAAAGAGCCUGAGAUAAUCACGGUGACCCUAAAGAAGCAGAAUGGAAUGGGUCUGAGCAUCGUUGCAGCAAAGGGUGCUGGUCAGGACAAACUGGGAAUAUAUGUCAAGUCUGUUGUGAAAGGAGGUGCUGCAGAUGUGGAUGGACGGCUAGCUGCAGGUGACCAGCUUCUUAGUGUGGAUGGACGAAGUCUGGUUGGACUCUCUCAGGAAAGGGCAGCAGAACUAAUGACAAGAACAAGUUCUGUGGUUACACUUGAAGUUGCAAAGCAAGGUGCCAUCUAUCACGGACUGGCCACCCUUCUUAACCAGCCAUCUCCUAUGAUGCAUAGAAUUUCAGAUCGCCGUGGUUCAGGUAAACCCCGCCCAAAGAGUGAAGGCUUUGAACUUUAUAAUAAUUCUGCUCAAAAUGGGUCCCCAGAGAGUCCUCAGCUGCCUUGGACAGAAUACAGUGAACCAAAGAAAUUGCCUGGUGAUGACAGACUGAUGAAAAAUAGAGCCGAUCACCGUUCCAGCCCCAAUGUGGCAAAUCAGCCCCCCAGUCCUGGUGGGAAGAACACAUAUACCUCUGGAACAGCAGCUAAGAUAACAUCUGUCUCCACGGGAAACCUCUGCACCGAGGAGCAGAGCCCUCCACCUAGACCUGAAGCCUACCCCAUUCCAACUCAGACAUAUACCAGAGAGUAUUUUACCUUCCCAGCUUCCAAAUCCCAGGAUCGGAUGGCUCCGCCUCAGAACCAAUGGCCAAAUUAUGAUGAUAAGCCACACGUGCACACAGAUAGUAAUCAUUCCAGUAUUGCAAUUCAGCGUGUAACCCGUUCCCAGGAAGAGCUUCGGGAAGAGAAAGCUUACCAAGUUGAGCGACAUAGAGUAGAAGCCACCAUGGAUGGAAAGUGUGAUAGCGAUAUGUGGAUCAAUCAGAGCUCCUCGGUAGAAUCCAGUACAUCCAGCCAAGAGCACCUGAACCAUUCUUCCAAGUCAGUCACCCCUGCUUCCACCCUGACCAAAAGUGGCCCUGGCCGUUGGAAAACCCCAGCAGCAAUACUGCCUACCCCAGUGGCUGUCUCCCAGCCCAUUAGAACAGACCUGCCUCCACCACCCCCUCCACCUCCUGUCCACUAUGCCAGUGACUUUGAUGGGAUGCCAGUGGACUUGCCACUCCCGCCCCCUCCUGCCAGUCAGGGGGGAGUCCAGUCAGCACAGGUGGCUGCUGCAGAGAGGAAGAAGAGGGAGGAGCACCAGCGCUGGUAUGAGAAGGAGAAGGCUCGCCUGGAAGAGGAGCGCGAGAGAAAGCGCAGGGAGCAGGAACGGAAAUGGGGGCAAAUGAGAACACAGUCCUUGAACCCCACUUCUUUCUCUCCUGUGGCCGCCCAGCAAGUGAAGCCAGAAAAGCCUUCCACACUGCAGAGGUCCCAGGAAACAGUUAUUCGAGAGCUGCAGCCCCAGCAACAGCCUCGUACCAUCGAGCGCAGAGACCUGCAGUACAUCACCAUCAGCAAAGAGGAGCUGUCCUCUGGGGACAGCCUGUCUCCAGACCCCUGGAAGCGAGACGCCAGGGAGAAGCUAGAGAAGCAACAGCAGAUGCACAUUGUGGACAUGCUGAGCAAGGAAAUCCACGAGCUGCAGAACAAGGCUGACCGCACCGCAGAGGAGAGUGACCGCCUGCGGAAGCUUAUGCUGGAGUGGCAGUUUCAGAAGAGACUCCAAGAGUCUAAGCAGAAGGACGAGGAUGAUGAGGAGGAGGAAGACGAUGAUGUGGACACCAUGCUGAUCAUGCAGCGCCUUGAGGCUGAGCGGAGAGCCAGGCAGACUGCUAUGCCAGCAAUCUCUGUUCUAGAUUUGUUACAGGAUGAGGAGCGCAGGCGUCAGCAGCAGUUGGAAGAGAUGCGCAAACGUGAAGCAGAAGACCGAGCAAAACAAGAAGAAGAUCGGCGUCGGCAGGAGGAGGAGCGAGUAAAGAGAGAUGCUGAAGAAAAGAGGCGACAGGAAGAAGGAUAUUACAGCCGCCUAGAAGCCGAAAGACGCAGACAACAUGAGGAAGCCACGCGAAGGGUGCUGGAGCCCGAGGACCCUGGGCUGUGCCGACCUCCACUUCCACGGGACUAUGAGCCCCCAGCCUGUGCUCCUGGCGCCCCUCCUCCCCCGCCUCAGCGAAAUGCCUCCUACCUCAAAACACAGGUCCUCUCCCCAGACUCGCUGUUCACUGCCAAGUUUGUUGCGUACAAUGAGGAGGAGGAGGAGGACUGCGGCCCAGCAGGACCACACACUUUCAUGGAGUCUGCUGGGACAGUUACAGGAACUCAUGACGCGUCUAGGGAGUCCAGAGAGAAGCAUGCUAGAAGCCAAGAUACAGACAUACCUGGCAGCUCUGGAGCCCCUGAAAGCCUGACCUUCAAGGAGCGCCAGCGCCUCUUCUCACAGGGACAAGACGUGUCUGACAAAGUGAAAGCUUCUCGUAAAUUAACAGAACUUGAAAAUGAACUGAACACCAAGUGAGAAGAGGAGCAGCGUACCUUGUAGUCACAAGUCUCCCCCAGUGGUGGUUGGCAGGGUGAGCCUGAAGAAGAGGGACAGGUUACAUUUCUGAGUAACUUCUGAUUACCGUUUCUAAAACAGUUGUGAUUUGGACAUUCUCUGGUUCCAGGAGUAUUAUUUAUAUUAAUUAGCAGUUGUCACUUGUACAUGUAAGCUCUGACCAAUUCUGGUGGUCAGACUCUCACGAAGGUGUCGUCGUCGUCGUCAUUGCUGUGGGCUUCUUUGUGGAGUUGUGGGCUCAGGGCAGAAGAAAGGGCAAUACGGCCAUGGGUGUUUCCUCCUGUCCUCCUCCAUAGUCAAUCCAAGGACCAUAGCUCAAGAAUGUCUGUGACUGUUCUUUCUCCAAAAUUUGUUUUGACUCAACUACCCCGACCACAAUAUUGUCUAGUGGAAACAGUCUAUCUGCAAGAGCAAGGACUUUGAACCCAGAGCCACUCUGUGCCUCUCGGUGACUGUCCUGGGAACCUAAUAAAAUGUGCCCCAGGCAGCUAGCAUGGAGCUUCCCUUAGGCAGGGUGUACAGCCAGCCCCUUUGCUCCUAACAAGUGUGAGCCUCCUGAUCAAUUCUAAAUGUUUGAUUAAGUUAAAUAUCUGCUCAAUAUUUGAUUUUGAGUAUUCUUAAGAAAAUGUUGAUUUAAUCUUAAGGGAUUUUAUUUUUAUAAAUGUCAGAUUGUUGGACCAAUCAUUGGUGGAAACUGAAGACGACAGUUAUGUCAGAAAGGUGACUGAUAGUUCAGGUAUUCUUAGGAGUCUCCACAUAGCCCUCUAGCUGAACAGGGAUCCAAACAUCUGAGAAGAAUGAAAGAGUCAUAGGUGACAGUCAGAACUGUCUAAGGAACUAUAAAUUGGGAAAAGAGAUUUACAAGGAUAUGCUAUCAGAAAAGGAAUUAAAUCACUGUGCCAUCUGUAACUUAAAUAUGAGACUAGCUCAUGGUAGUUCAGGUUCUUGUCUCCUGACAGUACAGUGGGUUCUUGAACUCACGAGUUACGUGUGAGCGCUGUCCUCCCUGCAGCUCUGUGGGCAUGUGACUGAGGACGGGGACACAGACCUCAGUGUAUUUAUGUUGUGUGAUGUUGAAAAGGUAAAUGACUUUGUGACUUGAAGCACACUUCCUAUUGGACAAAGCCCUAAUGUGGGUCCAGAUGAUCUUUUUGUACCAUACUGCUCUCUUACAGACCUGCAUGUCAGGAAAAUCUGCACACUUUCAAAUAGAAGAGAGGCAUUUGCCACCCUAGAAGCCACUUUUAGUAAGAGUUGUAUGAUAAAUCAUUGAAAGUGCAAGUGUAAAUAUUUUUUUAUGUGUAUCAGGUUUCUUAUUUGAAAGUGUGCCUCCACCAUUUCCUCUGUAAGAGAGUCUAGUGGUCCUGAGAGUUGAUGAAGGAUUUGCACGCUUGCCUGGGAAAUGCAAGCUCCUCCUGGUGUCCAGAGAACACUGGCAGCCUGCAGGGUACAUCCACACUUCCCUAGAGAAGAGCAUGCAGAUGUGUGUGCAAAGACAGACCCACACAAAAUCUGUGUGUCUGUGCAUGGGAACAUCUGUGUGUGUGCUUAUAAAACCCAUAGUGAAGGAGACGUGGCCAUCCCUGGACAGUGAGGUCAAAUGUGAACGUGUGUAAGAGCACAUUUUGCAAUGUGCGUUGCUAUGGUAACAUCCAAACUGCUGUAGUUUUCCAUUUCUACUGUAUUUCAGUUGCAACCUAUUUUUAAUAAACUUUGUAUCUAUUUAAGUGUA